UGAAGAGAAUAAAACUAAAGUGGUUUUGUCAAAAUUAUAAACUGCAGCAUUUUAAAAAUGUUUUCACUAAAGUUUCCACCGAUUCUGAUUCAAAGAGUUGCCGCAGUGCAUUUAUAGAUGAUCAUUUGUGCUUUGUUCCGUUUCAUUUGGUUUCUUCUCUGUUUGUCUCUCCUUCAAACAUUCAGUCCUCUCCCGUACAAAAGACAGGCAAUGAGCGUGCGGCGGGACAGAAACAAACAGCGUGUUUUUUAACCAGUGGAUUUUACCAAGUGAGUAACGAUCAGGUGUCCUAUUGUCUUUGCUCCUACUGGCUCAGAGCGCUCAUUAUGUGGCAGUGGGUGUGACCCUGAAGUGACAGAACCAGAUUUUCCUGGAGACAUAGCUUCUCCUAUGAAGACACACCGAAGACAGGUCAUUAAGUCAAGAAAUCAUCCCCACUAAACAGCCAAGUUACACAUUAUCAGAAGUAUUUUGGAGAGGUCAAGGCUGAAGAAAUCCUCUUGGAGGAGACGUGUCCAUCCUCAGGUGACAGCUGAAACCAGGUUUCUGCUCUACAAAACACGACGGCCUAUCAGAAAUGCCUCAUCCUCGUCUACCACAAGACUGGUUAUGCCACAGCAAAGGCAGAUUUCCCUGAAAGAGAGUUCUCUUGGGUUGGCAAAGAUACAAUCUCUGCUAUUGUUCAACAACGUCACUGACUUGGUCCACUGAAUACAUCGGUUCAGUUCAUAACCAUGGACCUGGCAAUCAUCAGACAUCUGCAGGUCUGAGCAGCGCAGUGAGAUCAGUUUGCCUUGAGGACAAGCGUGAAGUGGCCGGCGUCAGAAACGCCGCAUGGAACUGCAGGACUCUGCUCUCUGAAGGCUGAAACGAUGAAAGACCGUUUAGAGGAGCUGCGGCGUAAGGUACAAGAUGCCCAUGAGGAGCAUAACGACAACCCCUUUACACAGAUGGGGAUGCAGAAGGAGGAUGGGGAGGAGGAGGAGGAAGGGGAUGAUACGUUUGAGGUUCCGCAAGCAGUCAUCUUUGAGGAUGAACCAGCCCUGGAGAACUUCCUGAAUGAGGCACAGCACCUCCGUGAGGCCAUCAACAGCUUGGAGGCUGAGGUGAAGCGCUUCAGCCAGCAACAGAAGAGUUUGGUGGCAGCCAUGAGGCGCUUUAGUGUCAUUAAAAAAGAGAGCAGCAUCACGCAGGACAUCAAGAGGCAGGCGGAGAGCAUCCACAAGAGGCUGGAUGCCUUGUCCAAGCAGGUGAAGCAAACGGAGGAAGACAGGGGACCGGUUGGAGCCGCCGCUCGCAUCCAGCACGCCCAGCACGCCACGCUCUUCCACCGUUUCCAGCAGGUCAUGCGCCAGUACAACGACUCCCUGGUUACCAAGCAGGACAAGUGCAAAGACUUCAUUGUACGACAGCUUGAGGUGUCGGGGCGAGAGGUGACGGAUGAGGAGGUGAAUGAUAUGCUGGAGCAGGGGAGGUGGGAGAUCUUUAACGAGAAUGUAAUGCAUGAGGCGAAGAUCACGCGCACGCAGCUGUCUGAAAUUGAGCAACGCCACAAGGAGCUCGUGCACCUGGAGAGCAACAUGAGGGACCUGCGAGACCUCUUCCUGGAGCUCUACCUACAGGUGGAAGCUCAGGGAGUGCAUAUAGAGAACAUCCAGACGCAGGUGGAGAAAACACAAGAUUUUGUGGAGAUAACGAGGGAGAGGUUCAAAAAGGCUGCCCGAUACAAGAAGAAGAACCCAUUUAAAAAAAUGUUCUUAUGCUGCUUUCAGCCAUGCAGGAAGUGACCACGGCCGAGCAAAUCACCGAUUCAAGCACGGGCUGUGCGCAGGGACUCAGAGCAGAAGGCCAACAGCUGUUAAGACAACAGAAUUAGUGAAGCAAGUGUUCUCCUCCCGCAAAAAUCUCACUGGGACCUUGGCUUCCAUCUGGCUGAGAUAAGAAGCGGGAACAUGGUGCAGAGUGAAAGCAAAAUGCAGCAGCAAGAAUGGUGGCCUCAGAGAAGUAGUGACAUGACCCUGCAGCAAACAUCCACACGAAUUUGUUUCGAAUGUAAUGUGUAAUGACUAAUGCUACAGCACGAAUUACAGCGAAGACAAUAAUAAUAGGAAGCAUACUGAUUAGAGCCAUCACCUUGCAGCUGGAAGAUCCCAUGUUCAAAUCCCGCUUGACAC